AUGAACGAUGAUGCGUCGCCCAGCUCCUCGGCGCGAGAUGAGCUCUGGGACGAUGACGACGGCGUCGCAGGUCCAGCGCAGCCGCAACACGCCGCCAGCCCUGCGCGACAAGCUGAGCCCCGCGCGCAACCUACGCCGCAGCAGCGACAACGGCGUUUGAAGAAGGAUGUGAAGAAAAACUGCCCGGGUCUCAAGAAGAAGCUCGUCUUCCUUACGCACCUGCUCAAGUCGCUCGAUCUCCUCGUCUUUGCCGAGCUGAGCGCCCUAUACUAUAUGGAAUGCUCCAUGUUUCGAUUCCUCCUCCGAGCAUUUGGCCAAUACCUAUACUUGAGCCCCAAGCAUGAAUCCUUUCCAGUCGCCUUGACCGCAACACGCCUACACGUCCUUCUUGUCAUUGCGCCGAAUCUCAUAUGCAUACUCUUACAUAUUUUCACUUCACUCCCAGUCGGACUAGACGACCAACGCGGAUAUCAACACGGCGGUCUUGUCAUUGACUUUGUUGGGCAGAAACCAUCCACGUCGAGAAUCUACUAUGUGCUCUGCGAUAUCAUCCUACUAGUCUUGCAGUGCGUCAUGUUGACGAUACAUUCCGAGCGAGAACAGAUGCGCGUCACGCUCAAAACAUUCCGUCCCAUGGCCGCGGACCUGGCAGAACAAGCUGCUGCUGGCCGCACCAUACGAGAAUUGGACGAAGAAGAGCGAGGUGUUUCCGCCCUUCUGGACGAAGAGGCAGGAGAUGAGGCGGUAGAAGUCGAGAUGAGGCUCCUCAACCAAGAUUCUAACGACGUGGUAGAGGAGGCUGGUCCCAGUAACGGCAACAGCAACGGAAAUGAUAAUGCUGACACCACGACACACUUAUUCAGCGUCAUGAACUCUGGCAAUGCCGUCUUGGGCCCUUAUCAUGUACUUCAUACAAUGCGUCAUACAGCCAUGGACGCGAGAAGAACAGCCGCUCACUCACUAACGAGCAUCGGUUACAAUGCAACAUUUGCGGCGAUUCGGGCAAAUGCUCAGCGACGAGCAGUGUCCGAACUUACUGCCACACCUGUAAAUGUAUAA